AUGCCUCACGCGCAUCUUCUAGUUACGUUAGCUAACAAAGUGGACACUCCUGAGAAGAUAGACUCCAUUAUAUCAGCUGAGCUUCCGGACUACCCAAAGAGAGAUGAUCCAGAGAGGGAACGUAAAAUGCUGCUUUUCGAACUUGUACGAAAACAUAUGAUACAUGGGCCCUGUUCUGAGCGGCCUGAACUUGGAUGUCGUGAUGCUAAUGCUACGAAGUGCUCGAGAGGAUAUCCGAAACCAUAUAGAAAUUUUACUGAAUUGUGCAAUGGUGGUUAUCCUCUUUAUCGCAGAAGAGAUGAUGGUAAAGUAGCUGUAGUAGGCAAGCUGGGCAAAACGUUUGCUACUAACAGAGAUGUAGUCCCAACCAAUUUGUGGCUUCUUCAGAAACACGAAUGUCACGUAAACGUGGAAGUAUGUGCUGCGAUUCAAGCAUUCAAAUAUAUUUUCAAAUACGUGUUUAAAGGCCCGGAUUCUGUUGUGUUGGAGCUACUGCACAAUGAUGACUUGAUGAACAAAAAUGUCUACUUGAAUGAGAAGAAGGAGAAAUGCGUAAAUCUGGAUAUGCGAGAAAUCUACAGGCUGGCUCGUUAUGUGUCUCACAUGGAAGCAGCAUAUCGUAUAUUGCGUUAUCCUAUGCACUACACGAUGCAUACUGUUUUCACGCUCAUACCGCAUCUACCAAAUGAAGAACCGAUAUUUUUCACGAGCACGGCAUACCCACCGAAAAGGAAGAAGAGCAAGCUGUUGGCUUACUUCGAUCUUGUGAAAGAGGAUGACUGUGCUAAAAAUAUGACAUGGGUGGAAGUUGCGGAGAACUAUCACUUCAACGGUACAAAAUAUGUACGGUAUAAACGCAAAGGACUACGUAUAGCGAGACUGAGUUCAGUGAAUCCCAAAAUGCUUGAAUUAUACGCUGUCAGGAAACUUCUGCUGUACAAAAAAGGUGUGCAGUCUUUUGAGCAUUUGAGAACUCAUCGCGGCAAAGUAUACAAAUCUUUCAUGGAAGCUGCUGAAGCUGCUGGUUAUAUAGAGAAGACCACGGAAUGGCAAGAU